AUGGCAGGCACCGCUAGACAUGAUCGAGAGAUGGCUAUAAACGCCAAAAAGCAGCUGGCAGGGUGCUCUGACCCCGUGGAGAGACUAAGACUACAGUGUCUCACGAGAGGCUCCUCUGGCAUCAAGGGUCUUGGCAGAACCUUCAAAAUCAUGGAUGACAACAGCAACCGCAGCCUGGACUUGAAAGAGUUUAUAAAGGGCCUGAACGACUAUGGAGUUUUGAUGGAAAAGGAAGAGGCCACCGCACUUUUUCAACAGUUUGACAGAGACGGCAGUGGAACCAUUGACUUUGAUGAAUUUCUCAUUACUCUCAGGCCACCCAUGUCAAAGGCCAGAAAACAAGUUGUCAUGGAGGCGUUUCGGAAGCUGGACAAGACUGGAGAUGGGGUGAUAACUGUGGAGGACCUCAGAGGUGUGUACAACGCUAAGUACCACCCCAAAUAUCAGAACGGGGAGUGGACGGAGGACGAGGUUUUUCGGACGUUUCUGGACAGCUUUGACUCCCCUUAUGAGAAGGAUGGAAAGGUGACCCAGGAAGAGUUUAUGAAUUAUUAUUCUGGUGUGACCAAAGACGAGUUCUUCAGUUACUACUCGGGGGUGAGUGCUUCCAUUGACAGUGACGUCUACUUCAUCCUGAUGAUGAGAAAUGCAUGGAGACUUUGA